CAUUGAAAGGGUCCCAGAGGGUGGGAAAGACUAUAUGGGGUGUUCUUGUUGCUGGGAUGGGGAGACACACGCCCUGGGAGCCUCAGUUAGAGGCACCUGGGUCACUGCUUCCAUUGAGAGACCCUCUGACUCUGGCCGGGGGCUCAUCUCCUAGCACCCUCAUCGGAUCACCUGAUGCCAGCACUGCCCAACCCCUGGGCAAUGCAGCUGAGAGCCUCCUGGCCUCAAACGGGUUGGGCAGCAUUCACUUCCCGGCGCUGUCCUCCCGGCCUGCUCAGUCAUUAGGAAAUGCCUCCCUGGCCAGCACAGUGACAGCAGCAGGAAUAGAUCGUGCUGCCAGCCCAGCACCCCUGGGUGGUUCCCAUCUGCUCUGAGGAGGCUCCAGGUAGAAAGACGGAUGCUACUGUCUCAGGUCCCAGAUAAACUAAGCCCUGUCUUCUCCGAGGGGCCAUGUCUGAAGGGGAGAGCAAGGACAGCGCGGGUAGCGAGUGCCCAGUGUGCUACGAGAAAUUCCGGGACCUGGAGGGCGCCAGCCGGACGCUGAGCUGCGGCCACGUGUUCUGCCACGACUGCCUGGUCAAGUAUCUGCUCUCCACCCGGGUGGACGGACAGGUGCAGAGAACCAUCGUCUGCCCCAUCUGCCGCUACGUCACCUUCCUCAGCAAGAAGAGCUCCCGCUGGCCCUCCAUGCUGGACAAGAGCUCACAGACCCUGACUGUGCCCAUGGGCUUACCUGUGCCCCUGCCCUCCGUGCCCUCCCCAGACCGCACAGGCCACACAAACCCCUUGGCCACCUCCCAGCCGGUCUGGAGGUCACCCUCAAACCAGGGGACCCAGCUGCCCUUGGACCUGCUGCCCAGCCUGUCCCGGGAGUCACAGAUCUUCAUCAUCAGUCGCCAUGGGAUGCCCCUGGGAGACCAGGACAGCGUGCUGCCACGGCAAAGCCUGGCCGAGCUCUCGGAGGCGACCCCAGCCCCCAGCGCCUCCCGCUCCUUCUGCUGUCGCUCACGGGCUCUCCUGCUCAUCACCCUCAUCGCGGUGGUGGCUGUGGUAGCCGCCAUCCUCCCCUGGGUGCUGCUGGUAAGGAAGCAGGCCUGAGUGGUGGCCCCUGGCGAGAGAGCAGAAGGGGGCCAGGCCUGAGCGCUGCCCUGGCAGCUGCCCUGCUCUAUGGCCAGGCUGCCCAUGGCUUGGGCAGGGGCAGACGUGGUGCAACCAAGCUCUGAGGAAGGCCUGGGGCAGAAGGGAGCAUGGAGUGGGGCUGGAUUGGAAGUAUGCUGGCUUUCUCCCCACCUGCACACACACACACACACACACACACACACACACACACACACACACACACACACACACACACACACACACCAGCAAGGGCAUGGGAUGACAGGGAGGUUGGGGGCUAGAGAUCUCUGAGGCUAGAACUUAGCUGAGGCGCCCAUGUGUGGCCUCCACGCCUAUUCUUGGUAAAUACCCCUCCCCUAGGCUGCAACUGAGCAAGCUGGGAAGAUGGCUGGUCACCUCUUAUGAGCACCUUACCUGCCAGGUGGACCUCCCUGGGGACAAGGAAGCUCUGCUGGCCUAUGCUCUGCCAGCUGGGGGCCCAAUGGCAGACCUCGUAUGGCCAGGAUUCCCUCAUAGGAUUCUGUAGCUUGUCCCCAAGAACGAACAGAAGGUUGGUGCAGGGGCUUAGACAAUGGUUUCCUGGAAUCUUAGGCCCACACUUGAUCCUGUAGCAUCCCUCCCCCAAGUCCUUCCUGCCUCUAACCCGCCUGUUGGAGUGUCUUCCCUGAGUGAGAAGCUGAUCUCAGAGGCAGUGGCACAGGAUUUCUGGAGGAAGCAACACAAAAGGAGAUAGCAGAGAGCACAUCAGGAAACAGGCUUGUAGACAGAGGCCCAGGUCAGCAGAAUGGCCAAAAACAGAGCCAGAGGUUUUCCUGAGCCUUCCAGGCCCAAGGAAUGGGCCAGAUCUUGAGUCUCAGGGUUCUCCAGGUUGGAGGGGAAGGCAGGGAGUAGAGGGGACGCUUGACAAGGUGAGACCUGAGUCACCUGAGAAUUAUGUGGGCAAAUUAACCCCUGGGGGUUCCCGCCUCCCUCCCUGCCCAAGUCCUCCUCUUCAUGACCCAGCCACUCAUUAGAGGCCACACCAGCCAGGCCAGUUUCCCAGGUGGAUUCUCAGGCUGAGCUGGGAGGGGAAGGGUGGGGAAGAGAACAGCUAUGUUUGUCAGGGACUCUGCUGUCUCAACAAAUGCUGAGAGCCAGGUGCUGUUAGUUGUUUGCCACCAGGGCCUAUUUAUCUGGGGGACCCCUGAUGAGACACCCCAGAAAAGCCUGAGGAACAACAAUUUGGGAACAGUUACUGGCUGUUAAUUGAGGCCCAUAUUCAAUCAAGGCCUUGUGACACUAUAACAACAUCAACAGAAUCCCCAGCUACUGCACAGGUAGGGUAAGCACCUCAGGAGUGCAGCAGCUGAGCCCCCACAACCUGUACCUCCCCUUAUCUGUGGGGAAAGAAAAAGCACUCAGCCUCUUAUCUAGCUCCUGUGUCAUUUGGGAGUCAUUAGGGAGUGGGGUCUACACCACAGGGGAUAUUUAUGACAUGGAGGGGGCUGUUUUAGAGCUCUGACAGGCUUCCUUCUAUUCUUUCUAAGACUAGAUAAGAGCACAGGUGCUGGGGGGGGGUUGUUGUAAGUAGAUUCAGGGAUGAUAUUUAUUAUAGGAGCAAAAAUAAUGUUAAUUUUACAAAGACUCUAAUGAGUCUGUCUUUACCUCAGCCAGGCUGCUUUAAACAGUGUCAUAAAUUUCUAGGAACCUGAUUUGAGUCUUUUCAAUUGCUACUGUGUUUGCCAAGAGUUUCUUUCAAAAGAUCCGCAGUGUUUUCAUAUCCUUUACCUGCAACUUGUAGAUGACACUUCUUUCAUUUUCCAAGAAUGUCAAAAGCUAUUUUUUAA